UGUUUACGCGCUGAUUCUCCGUUCACCUUCCGAUACCACUCUGCCGGCUAGGCUAUAGGCUUUUCAGCAGUUCCUCGUCUGACCGGUUCCUCGAGCAACGGCUACCUACCAACACAGCUAUCAAUCCUUUCUUCCUCCCUGCUGGCGUAUUCCUUCAUCGAAGCUAAUCAACGCCAUAUAGGAACCUACCUAUACUCCCUCUUCCGCAGACCGCGCCCGCCAGGAGAACUUCUGGAUGGUGCACGCAGCAACGAACGAACCGAACGGCAAAGAGACCUUGCUCGACGUUUUCUUGCUUGCUCACAGCUCAGUCCGAUCACGACUGUCAACCGGUUCGGAACUGUGUUUAGAGGCUCUUCUCGAAGGGACGCUUGUGCCACGUGUUUUGUGGAAUUUUGCGAAUUUCGUGCUAUUCCGUUGGAAAUAAGGACAAUUUUUGAUUUGUGAUUAAAGAGACUGUAUUUGGGAUCCGUUUGAUAUAAGUUUUAGUGCUAUAACUUUAGUAAGAUUUAAGAGUUUGAACAAAACAUAUUGUUUAGUGCGUAGGCAUUAAGUGCUAACUAGUGUAUUGUUGAACAACAUUCUGUAACUUGCGAUAAUUUAUCAAAACCACAGUCAUGCCUGCCACGUUAGUUCUGGAGGAUGGCACCGUCGUGCAUGGUGAAAGCUUCGGAGCCGAGGUGGACUCCGACGGAGAGGUCGUCUUCCAGACGGGAAUGGUCGGCUAUCCGGAAUCGAUGACCGAUCCGUCCUACCACGAGCAGAUACUGGUGCUGACCUAUCCGUUGAUCGGGAACUAUGGCAUCCCGGACGAGGACCUGGACGAACUUGGACUGAUGCUGCAUUUCGAAUCGAACAACAAGAUUUGGACGUCCGGUUUGGUGGUGGGCGAGAUCUGCGAGACUCCGUCGCACUGGAGGAGCAAACUGACGCUGUCGCAGUGGAUGAAGAAGCACAACGUGCCGGGGAUCAGCGGAAUCGAUACGAGAGCGCUGACCAAGAAGAUUCGCGAGAAUGGAACGAUUUUGGGCAAAAUCGUCCAAGGUCACGUAGCGAGCGCAGCCGGUAUUGCCUUUCAGAACCAGAAUCUUCGCAACCUGGUGGCGGAGGUUUCCAUCUCCAAACCCGUUACCUACAACGAGUCCGGUUCGCCUCGCAUAUGUGCCAUCGAUUGCGGGCUAAAGUUGAAUCAGGUUCGCUGCUUCAUCAACCGGGGAGCUCGCGUAGACGUUGUACCGUGGAAUGCCAAGCUGAACCCGGAAAACUACGACGGUCUGUUCUUGAGCAACGGUCCCGGAGAUCCAGUUAUGUGCAAGGAUACGGUUGCCAACAUCCGGCAGCUACUGGUGGAGGGUUCGGUUGUGAAACCGAUCUUCGGAAUUUGUCUGGGUCAUCAGCUGCUUUCGACGGCAGCCGGUUGCAAGACCUACAAGAUGAAGUACGGUAAUCGGGGUCACAAUCUCCCUUGUAUCCAUAAGGGAACGAAAAGGUGUUUCAUGACGUCGCAGAACCAUGGAUUCGCCGUGGAUUCUUCUCGGCUACCCGAGGGAUGGGAAGAGUUGUUCACAAACAUCAACGAUCACACAAACGAGGGCAUUGUGCAUGUCAGUAAACCGUACUUCAGUGUCCAGUUCCAUCCGGAGCAUACAGCAGGGCCGGAGGACUUGGAAGUCCUAUUCGAUGUAUUCCUAGACACCGUAAGAUCGUACAAAAUUGCGAAAUCAGACAAACUGACGAUGAACGUCCGACUGAAUGAGGCUUUGGCGUAUAGACCAACGGUGGCAAUCGAUACAACUCGUCCGAAGAAGGUGUUGAUUUUGGGAUCCGGAGGGUUAUCGAUUGGGCAGGCGGGAGAGUUCGACUACUCUGGAUCGCAAGCCAUCAAGGCAUUGAAGGAGGAGAAGAUCCAAACGGUGCUCAUCAACCCAAAUAUUGCAACCGUGCAGACUUCCAAGGGCUUGGCGGACAAGGUUUACUUCCUGCCGUUGACGCAGAACUACGUGGAGCAGGUGAUCAAGGCUGAGAGGCCGGGUGGAGUCCUGCUGACUUUCGGAGGUCAAACGGCGUUGAAUUGUGGAAUCGAGUUGCAGAAGGCGGGAAUUUUCGACCGCUACAAUGUGAGGAUCAUGGGAACUCCGAUAACGUCGAUCAUCGAAACCGAGGAUCGAAAGAUCUUUGCGGAGCGAGUGGCCGAGAUCGGAGAGAAGGUCGCUCCUUCUGAUGCGGUUUAUUCUGUUCAGGAAGCUCUCGAUGCUGCGGAAAAGAUCGGGUAUCCGGUAAUGGCUAGGGCAGCGUUUGCUCUGGGUGGUCUAGGGUCAGGAUUCGCUAACAAUCGGGAGGAAUUGAAGGUGCUUGCUCAACAGGCCUUAGCUCAUUCAAACCAACUGAUCAUCGAUAAAUCGCUCAAGGGGUGGAAGGAAGUGGAAUACGAAGUGGUUCGCGAUGCAUACGAUAACUGCAUAACCGUGUGUAACAUGGAGAACGUGGAUCCGUUGGGCAUCCAUACCGGAGAGAGCAUCGUAGUGGCUCCGUCGCAAACUCUUUCCAACCGCGAAUACAACAUGCUGCGAACCACGGCUAUCAAGGUCAUCCGACACUUCGGGGUCGUCGGAGAAUGUAACAUCCAGUACGCGUUGAACCCGUUCUCUGAGGAAUACUACAUCAUCGAGGUGAACGCCCGUCUAUCGAGAAGCUCUGCCCUUGCCAGCAAAGCCACUGGAUACCCGCUGGCUUACGUGGCUGCGAAGCUUGCGCUAUCGAUCCCUCUGCCAGAGAUUAAGAACUCGGUAACUGGAGUCACGACGGCUUGUUUCGAGCCAAGUCUGGACUACUGCGUAGUCAAAAUGCCCCGCUGGGAUCUGUCCAAGUUUGCAAGAGUUAGCAAGCACAUCGGUAGCUCGAUGAAGAGCGUCGGAGAGGUGAUGGCCAUUGGACGGAAGUUUGAAGAAGCCUUCCAAAAGGCGCUACGAAUGGUGGACAAUGUCAAUGGUUUCGAUCCGUACUUGAUGAAGGUGAACGAGCAGGAGCUAAAACAACCGACGGAUAAGCGAAUGUUUGUGCUGGCCGCUGCGUUAAGGAAAGGUUACACCGUCGAUCAGAUCUACGACCUGACCCAGAUCGAUCGAUGGUUCUUGGUCAAAAUGAAGAACAUCAUCGAUUUCGGACAAAAGUUGGAGGAGUUAUCGGCGAUUCCGGAAAAGGAAAUGCUGCUGGAAGCGAAGAAGAUCGGUUUUUCGGACAAACAGAUAGCGGAGUUGAUCAAGAGCACAGAGCUGGCGGUCCGUAUGCAGCGUAAGGAUACGGGAGUGCUGCCGUUUGUGAAGCAGAUCGAUACCGUGGCAGGAGAGUGGCCAGCGUCUACGAACUACUUGUACUUGACGUACAACGCUACCAACGACGACAUCGACUUCCCCGGUCAGUACACGAUGGUGAUCGGCUCGGGAGUUUACCGAAUUGGAAGCUCAGUAGAGUUCGACUGGUGUGCUGUUGGAUGUCUUCGGGAACUGAGGAAUCUCGGUAGGAAAACGAUCAUGGUCAACUACAAUCCAGAAACGGUCAGUACCGAUUACGACAUGUGCGAUCGUCUCUACUUUGAGGAAAUUUCCUUCGAAGUAGUCAUGGACAUCUACGACGUGGAGCAACCGGAAGGUAUCAUCCUUUCCAUGGGUGGACAGCUGCCGAACAACAUUGCCAUGGAUCUGCAUCGUCAACAGGCCAGGAUUCUAGGAACUUCGCCUGAAUCCGUAGAUGGUGCCGAGAAUCGAUUCAAGUUCUCCCGUAUGCUGGACAGAAAAGGAAUUCUCCAACCACGGUGGAAGGAACUGACCAACUUGGAGUCAGCCAUCGACUUCUGUGAAGAAGUGGGCUACCCUUGCCUGGUCCGUCCGUCGUACGUUCUCUCCGGUGCAGCCAUGAAUGUCGCCUAUUCCAACCAAGAUCUGGAGACAUACCUCAAGCACGCAUCCGACGUGAGCAAGGAGCAUCCGGUCGUGAUCUCGAAAUUCUUGGUCGAGGCAAAAGAAAUUGACGUGGAUGCCGUGGCGGCUGAUGGAGAGAUUCUGUGCAUGGCCGUUUCUGAGCACGUUGAAAAUGCCGGCGUUCACUCCGGGGAUGCAACGCUGGUCACCCCACCGCAGGACAUCAACCAUGAAACUCUGGAACGCAUCAAGCAAAUAGCGAGGGACAUUGCUGCCCUGCUGGAUGUCACCGGGCCGUUCAACAUGCAGCUUAUUGCCAAGAACAACGAACUCAAGGUGAUCGAGUGCAACGUGCGCGUAUCCCGAUCGUUCCCGUUCGUGUCCAAGACGUUGAAUCACGACUUUGUGGCGAUGGCAACCAGGGUCAUUGUGGGAAUGAGUGUUGAACCGGUGGAUGUGCUGCACGGAUGCGGCAAAGUGGGCGUCAAGGUUCCGCAGUUUAGCUUCUCGCGUUUGGCCGGAGCGGACGUGAUGCUCGGGGUGGAGAUGGCUUCGACCGGAGAGGUGGCUUGUUUUGGUGAUAAUCGGUACGAGGCGUACCUGAAGGCGAUGAUGUCGACCGGGUUCCAGAUUCCGAAGCGGGCGAUUUUGCUCAGCAUUGGAAGUUUUAAGCACAAAAUGGAACUAUUGCCGAGUAUUCGUAUUCUUCAUAAAAUGGGAUACAAGCUUUACGCUUCAAUGGGUACAGGAGACUUCUAUACCGAGCAUGGAGUCGACGUGGAAUGCGUUCAAUGGACGUUCGAUGCUGCCGUUACCGGCGAGGACACUGGAGGAGAGUUGAGACAUCUGGCAGAAUUCCUGGCCAACAAACAGUUCGACAUGGUGAUCAAUCUUCCCAUGAGAGGCGGUGGAGCUCGACGGGUCAGCUCGUUCAUGACCCAUGGUUACCGGACGCGCCGACUAGCGGUCGAUUACUCCAUCCCACUGGUCACAGAUGUCAAGUGCACCAAACUGCUGGUGGAAGCAAUGCACCGGAUCGGACGCGCUCCACCGAUGAAGACCCACACGGAUUGUAUGUCAUCGAAGACCAUGGUUAAGAUGCCUGGGUUCAUCGACGUCCAUGUACAUUUGCGAGAACCAGGGGCGACCUAUAAGGAGGACUUCAGCUCAGGAACCGCUGCGGCCUUGGCUGGGGGAGUUACUCUGGUUUGUGCCAUGCCCAAUACUAACCCUCCGAUCGUGGAUCGACAGUCCUUCCAGUUGUUCCAGGACUUGGCUCAGAAGGGAGCCCGGUGCGACUAUGCCUUGUUCGUCGGAGCUUCCUCGACAAACUUCUCAAGCAUCAGUGAACUGGCGCCACAAGCUGCCGCUCUCAAGAUGUAUUUGAACCAGACUUUCACCACCUUGAAGCUGAACGACAUGCUUGUUUGGCAGAAGCACCUGUCUCACUGGCCCAAGCGUGCUCCACUUUGCGUACAUGCCGAAAGCGAAUCUACUGCUGCUAUUAUCCUUCUGGCAUCGUUGGUGGAUCGUCCGAUUCACAUUUGCCACGUGGCACGAAAGGAAGAAAUCCUUAUCAUCAAGGCAGCGAAAGAACGCGGCAUCAAGGUUACCUGCGAAGUUUGUCCGCAUCACUUGUUCCUAUCCACGAAUGAUGUAGCCCGAAUUGGCCGUGGAAAGGCCGAGGUUCGACCGGUCCUGUGUAGCCCGGAAGAUCAACAGGCCCUCUGGGACAACAUGGAUGUCAUCGACGUGUUUGCUACCGAUCACGCUCCUCACACCAGGGAAGAGAAAGAGUCGGAAAAUCCACCGCCAGGCUUCCCAGGCGUGGAGACGAUCCUUCCCCUGCUGCUGAACGCCGUCAACGAAGGUCGCCUCUCCGUGGAAGACCUGAUCGCCAAGUUCUACAAGAACCCUCGUAAAAUCUUCAGCCUUCCAGAGCAACCCAACACCUACGUGGAGGUCGACUUCGAUGAGGAAUGGGUCAUUCCGGAUUGCCCUUCGCAGUCCAAGGCUCGCUGGACGCCGUUUGCCGGAAUGAGAGUAAAAGGACGUGUCCAUCGGGUGGUUCUUCGCGGAGAGACCGCUUUCGUGGAUGGUGUGGUUUUGGUGAACCCUGGAUACGGCCAGAACGUGCGUGAGUGGCCGUUGAAGAAACCGACUGUGGCGACCUCGGUCGAGAAGAUCAACACUUCGCUGGAUGGAUUGGACCUGUUGUCGAUUACCAAAUCACUGGAUACCACACGUCAGCCGGCGGAUUUCUAUGACACGGAUGGUCAUACAAACGAUAUUUUCAGCAAACUCUUGGCAAGUGGGGAAGUUAACAAGUCGGCAGCGAAUCUGAGCGAUGCUCAGAUGAGACCGUACUCGCCGAUGCCGAGGGUGCGUUGCGACUCGAUGAGCAACUACAUCAAGGAGACUAUGGCGCCUGGUGCAGGAACGGUGAAAGAACGGAUCAUCGCCGGAAAGCACGUGCUGAGCGUGGAUAUGUUCAGCAAGGAGCAUCUGAAUGAGAUAUUCAACGUGGCAACGACGAUGCGGGGACGGGUGCAGAAGGAUCGCCCGUUGGAUGAUCUGCUGCGAGGUAAGGUGAUGGCUUCGGUGUUCUACGAGGUCAGUACGAGAACGUGCUGCAGUUUUGCGGCGGCCAUGCAGAGGCUCGGAGGACGCGUGAUCUACAUGGACGAGACAAGCUCGUCGGUGAAGAAAGGCGAAACGCUGGAGGACAGCAUCCAGGUUAUGUCCGGGUACGCUGACGUGGUGGUGCUGAGACAUCCGGAGCCGGGUGCCGUGAUGCGCGCCGCCCAUCACUGCCGAAAACCGUUGAUCAACGCCGGAGACGGAGUCGGUGAACACCCGACGCAAGCUCUGCUGGACAUAUUCACCAUUCGGGAGGAGAUCGGUACUGUGAAUGGCCUAACGAUUGCCAUGGUUGGUGACCUGAAGCAUGGCCGUACGGUGCACUCGCUGGCUCGACUGCUAACACUGUACAACGUCCACCUGUACUACGUAUGCCCGGAUAAUCUGGGAAUGCCGAAGGACGUCGUUCAGUUUGUCAAAUCCAAGGGCAUUCAACAAUGGUCUUGUACCGCCCUAGAGGAAAUCAUCGACAAAGUGGACGUUCUCUACAUGACCCGGAUCCAGAGGGAGCGCUUCGCAUCGGAAGAAGAAUACAAAGCCAGUUGCGGUCGCCUGGUGCUGACCCCGCAAAUCAUGACCCGGGCCAAGCGCCGGAUGAUCGUGAUGCACCCGCUGCCCCGAGUGUUCGAGAUCAGCAAGGAGAUCGACAUCGACCCGAGGGCGGCCUACUUCCGGCAGGCCGAGUACGGUAUGUACGUCCGCAUGGCCCUGCUGGCCAUGGUGCUGGGCAAGUGUUGAGGGGCCGUUUCUUUCUCGCAUGAACUGUGUAACACACGUGCCAACAGUGAUCCACCGCAAGCCGCGGAUGGUUGCUUUAAUAUACACAUACGAUAUAUAUGAUCUACGAAUAAAAUGUACAAUUUAUCAUGAUUGUCUAAAUGCUAUCACAUAGAAA